GCAUCGUUACACGCCGUGGUGCCGUGGACCAAAUCCUGGAGUGUCUGUCUCUACAGCCUGAGUGUGACUUGUCCAAAUCUCGCGGGAAAAGCGUGGAAAUUAAACGGUGAAUCUUAACGAGAGGAGGGACUCAGAUUAAGCCCAACCGGAGCCGCCUUUAUGAAGAUGCUGAUGUGUGACCGCGGCGUCCAGAUGCUCGUGACGACGGUGGGCGCGUUCGCCGCCUUCAGCCUCAUGACCAUCGCGGUGGGGACGGACUACUGGCUGUACUCGCGAGGGGUCUGCCGCGUGAAGAGCAGCGGCGACAACGACACCAGCCGCAAGAACGAGGAGGUGAUGACGCACUCCGGCCUCUGGCGAACCUGCUGUCUGGAAGGUACGUUUCGAGGCGUGUGUAAGAAGAUUGAUCACUUUCCCGAGGACGCUGAUUACGAAGCAGAUGCCGCCGAAUACCUCCUCCGUGCAGUGCGAGCGUCCAGUAUCUUCCCCAUCAUGAGCGUGGGCCUCCUCUUCCUCGGGGGUCUCUGUGUCGCUGCCAGUGAGUUCUACAGGAGCCGACACAACGUCAUCCUCAGCGCCGGCAUCUUCUUUGUCUCUGCAGGCCUGAGCAACAUUAUUGGAAUCAUCGUGUACAUCUCAGCCAACUCGGGCGACCCGGGCCAGAGCGACAGCAAGAAGUCCUACUCGUACGGCUGGUCCUUCUACUUCGGCGCCCUCUCCUUCAUCAUGGCCGAGAUGGUGGGCGUCCUGGCCGUGCACAUGUUCAUCGAGAAGCACCGCAAGCUCCGCGCCAAAUCCCGCACGGAGCUCAUCAAGAAGUCCGCCUUCAGCCGCAUCCCCUCCUACCGCUACCGCUUCCGUCGUCGCUCCAGUGUGCGCUCCUCCGAGGCGCCCAGCCGAGACGCAUCGCCACUGGGUAAGGGAGGGUACACGGGGCCGGCCGCCUCCGAGCUGCCCAUGUACACCCUGAACCCGAGGGAGCCGGGCAACGCGGGCACCAAAUCGGGCGGGAUGGGCGGCUUGCUGAAUUCGGAGAGGGAGUUUCUUCAAAGCAGCACGCUCACUAAAGACUACAGCAAAGACCCCAACCGCCGGACCACGCCUGUGUGAGAAAUCAGCCAAUCAGAGUCGAGGAUGAUGUAACGUAAAAGUGGGGAACACAGGGUUUGGAGGGGUGGGGGCUAAGCUAAAAAGGGUGGGUUUGCGAGGAAGAAAAACUGUGAACUUGUAGCCUUUGAACUGUGAAUUCUGAGCCCUGUGCAAUCGUGUAGCAGGGUCUAUUUUUUUUUUUUUUAAACGGAGGAGUUGUUCCCAAGCGCCACCACUUUUACCACCAUAACUGACUAACUCGUGAACGAAACGCUACGGUGGCACAUGCCGGGGCAACUUCUCCUGAUCGAAUAAUGUGAACAAGUGGGACGAGAGGUGAAAGGUGAGAGCGUUUUGACCUACGCUUUUUGACCUUUUGACCUUUCAUCGUUGGGUAGCAGCAGCAGCAGCAGCAGUUGUAUAAAACAGAUACGAGAGUGGAGGGAGUCGACACUUCAGGAAAUGGACUGGUUCAUUUUAAGGUUAGCCCGAAAAUAAAAAUAGUCCAUUUGUGGAACUUACGAUAAUUUACUACACAUUGUAUAUAUAUUCAACAUAUUUAUUUUAUUAAUCACUUUUAAGAACUAGCUGAACUUGAAGUGAAUCACACCCAUUCCUGGCUAUCCUCCUUUCUUCUGAUUCCAAGUCAAUUCUCAAAUGUAUAGAGCGGUAUAGACACACUGACUGGAAUUAGCAGUUGAAAGGUGGGGGCAAACGUGUGACUCCAACUUAAUUUCUAUUGAGGGUAUUGUUAGAUCAUUGGUGCUUCCUAUCACUCCUAUCUCAUCUCUUUACAUUCACCACGAAGCUAAACUAUCUAUCUUCACCAAAUCUUCACGUCAUCUUACCCUCCCAUGCCAUACCUCACCACACCUCCACGAACAUCUUCGGUCCAACGCCACCCCCUUGAGGGACACCCAGCUACAUGUAGGGCCAGUCUUCCGUUAUAGCAAGUUUUGGGUAGCUAGUCCGGAGGUCGUGGGAUGAGGAGGAGACCACUGAGCUGUGAUUAUACCCCCCAUAGGGACAAGCCAAAACGUCAUAUAGGCAGCGGAGAGUAAUUUGUAACUAACAAUCGAAAGCGGCGAGAAGUUAGCGAAGAGAUUUUUUUAAAAUAUCGGACGUGAGCUGAUGUAACGCUGCUGCAAGGAUUCACUGUGUAAACCUAAGCAUUUAAGUUAAGCUUCCUGAGACAAGUCGCUCGCACUGAAAGAAAAGUGCUUGUAGUAUGGACCAAAUUUAAAAGGUGCAAAAGUAGCAAUCGAAACAAUAUUUUCCUAAAGAGACAUAUCAGUUUUUCAUUUUGAGACUAUAACCAAAAGCUGUGAUGUAACUGACUCCUAAAGUUCAUGAUCUGGAUAAGUGCUUCUCAAAAUGGAGCUUGCGUCGUGGAAAGUUUGAGAAACACUAAUCAAGAACGUCAACAUCGCCCUAAUUGACAAAAACGAUAGAUCAAAAAAUACUUCAGUGCCAUAUAAGAAUCCUACACUUUAUAAAUUUUAAGGGUUAAUAAUUUUCUAUUGUUAUAACAGCAUGGCAUCUGUACUUUAGCAAAAUUGGACGCCACUUUUCCGAAUUACUAUCGCUCACUGCUUUAACUAAGUGUAAUAAUAUUAGAUUUUCCUUUCCAUUCUCUUAUGUCAUUAUGUGAUUUAUCUACAUAUGUAAAUGUAAUCUUUUCUAAGCCAUAUUUUGCACACAGCCAGUUUAGUCAUGAUUCAUCACUACCUCUCUCUCUCCAGUAAAUGUUAGGCAGUUAGGCGGACAUAAUGGAGAACCUUAUCAUUGGUGAUCAUUAAGAGCUAUAUCUACGUCACACACAUGCACAUAUGGACUAAGAGGUGACAGCUACAUUGUGAAAGAUGUUGUAAGCGAAACUGAAGGGUAUUUCCUUAAACCACCUUUGCACUGUUUUGUACAAAGAUGAACCCAGCUGAAACAGGCCAACCGCUAUACUUG